GUCCCUGAGGGAUGGAGCCUGGAAUUAUCCCUCUGCCUUAGUGUCCUUGGGAGAGCUGCUCUGGCCUGGCUCCGCCCCACGGGGAGGGUCUGGGAAAGCCCUGGUGGGAGCUGCUCGGCUGGGUUCCCCUGCCGGGCUCCUGGGUCCAGCCCCACCUCCGCCUCGGGCCCCGCCCCCCACGCUCUCCCUCCCUCUCUCCACUCCUCCCUACUCCCCACAGCCCCAGACCUGGGCUUCCUAACCCUCAGCACGACUGCCCGGGAGGGAGGCUGCACACCCCGAGGCUUCUCCAGCAGCCCCUGCCUGCUGCCCCCUGCCUGCCUCCGGCUUCCCAGCCCACCGGAGCUCCGGGGCCCUAGUCUGGCCAGGCCGCCACCCCUGAAGGCGCCACGCCCUUUUGCUUCCCCUGAGCGGAGGGCCCCUCCGCCAGCGUGCUGUAGCCAAGUUCCCCUCCUUUUGGUCCUCUGAAUAGGCGUUCCAGGACCCGUCUCUGAUCCCCCUUCCCAGGUGGGAGUGUGACGCGAGAUUUCAGCCAUGGCGGUGACUGUGACCCGCACCACGGUGACCACCACCACCACCACCUCCUCCAGCCUGGGCUCCCCCUACGUGGUGGGCUCUCCUCGGGCGCUGACGUCCAAGCUGGGCCUCCUGCGCCUGCUGCAGCUCGUGUCCACGUGCGUGGCCUUCUCCCUGGUGGCGCACGUGGGGGCCUGGGACGGGGUCAUGGGCCACUGGGCCAUGUUCGCCUGGUGUUUCUGCUUCGCCAUGACGCUGGUGAUCCUGGUGGUGGAGGUGGGCGGCCUGCAGCCGCGAUUCCCGCUCUCGUGGCGCAACUUCCCCAUCGCCUACGCCUGCUACGCCACGCUGCUGUGCCUGUCGGCCUCCAUCAUCUACCCCACCACGUACGUGCAGUUCAUGGGCGAGGGCCAGAGGCGGGACCACGCCAUCGCCGCCACCUUCUUCUCGUGCGUGGCCUCCGUGGCCUACGCCGUGGAGGUGGCCUGGACCCGAGCCCGGCCGGGGGAGGUCACGGGCUACAUGGCCACCGUCCCCGGCCUGCUCAAGGUCUUCGAGACCUUCGUGGCCUGCAUCAUCUUCGCCUUCGCCAGCGACCCGCCCAUCUACCGGCGCCACUCGGCGCUCGAGUGGUGCCUGGCCGUCUACUGCAUCUGCUUCAUCCUGUCGGCCGUGGCCAUCCUCCUGAGCCUGGGCGACUGCACGGGCCAGCUGCCCGUCUCCUUCCCCAGCUUCCUCACGGGCCUGGCCGUCCUGGCCGUGGCCCUCUACGCCUCGGCCCUGGUGCUCUGGCCUCUCUACCAGUUUGACGACCGCAAGGGCGGCCGGCCGCGCAGGCGGGACGACUCGGGCUGCCCCCGGCACCACGCCUUCGCCGUGUGCGACUGGGAUCGCCGGCUGACCGUGGCCAUCCUCACGGCCGUCAACUUCCUGGCCUACGUGGCCGACCUGGUGUACUCGGCCCGGCUGGUCUUCAUCCGGGUGUGAGCCGGCCUUCCCGCCCGCCCCUGCUCUCCGCCACCCCCGCGGCCUGCUUGUCCCCCGCCGCCUGUCCCCUCCCCCCGCUCGCGGCCCCCCGAAGGUGCUGAGCUUCCAAGCCGCGGCCCCCCCCGCUCGCCCGGGGCCCAGCCCGCGGGUUCCCACUGCCAAAGCAUGCCGGCCUGCCUGCGCGCCCCUGCCCAGCCCUGUGUGCCUUAGUCUGUGUGAAUGUGGGGAGCGCCGGGGAGGGGGGCUCCGUGCCAAAUGUCCCUCCAGGGGCCGCCCUGCUCUGCCCGGAUUCCCAAAGCAGCUCGGCUCCUCCUAGGGCCCAGCAGCUGCCUCGGACCCUGUGGGAGCGCGUGGGAGUGUGAGUGGGAGUGAGAGUGAGGGUGUGUGCUGCCGCUUCUGUCCCCUUCGUUGCUUCAGCGGGGAGGUCCCCUCCCCACACAUCCGCAAUUAGUGUCUGCAACUUUUUUACCUCAAUAUAAAAACCACCUAAGAGA